ACUUUGCUAUAUAAUAGAGACGAAAUGUUGGUAAAAGAUUAUCACUUGCCAUCGCUUCAUCCUCAGCUCAAGUGUUCAGCUCAACAGCUCCAACGUUUAAACUAUUAGCUCAAUCAUUUCUAAUAAACAUCACGUAAACAUCAAGCGACUAAAAGAAAGGGAUUUCCAGUAAAAUGCGUUCAGCUUUAUCCAUUCUUAUGCUGGUCUGCCUGACUGCGGCCCUUCACUUCCAGCCGGGUCAUGGCAUCUUCCAGACAUCUACCCAUUUUAAUCUAGAGCAGCUCAUCCAGCAGGGACUUGGUGGAUUAAAAGAGAUGCACGACAAACACUUCGCAGCUAAAAAUGCCUUGAUUUCAUCGCGAAAAAUCGGACUCGACCUCAAAGCCGGCCUGUUGAAACCACUUCUUUUAGUGGCUCUAGCCAAAAUUAAAUUCGCCCUCCUCUUUGGCAAACCUUUAGUCUUGCUGGCCUUAAAGAAACUCUUGCUCCAUGCAGUUUUGGGUAAAUUAUUACUCAAAAUCCCUCUGAUUUUACUCGGUGGCAAAGCCUUGUUGCUCACCAACAUCCUUGCCAUCAAAUUUGCGCUCAUCGCCAAAGGAUUGGUUGGAUUGAAGGCUUCAUUAGCUCUCCUCUUCCUCGGAGGAUUCUUAAAAAACUCUUUAGGAGGACCAGGUUUAACUUUCAUUUUGGGCCUUGCUGGUUCUCUUCUUAAACUAACUGGACUCGGUGCAAAUCAAGAAGACCACGACGAGCCGAAUUUCCCAUCUCUCAUGCAAAAUUAUGUUCCUGCUCGUGUUCCAGUCUACGGGGCACCACCUCCAGGUAAAGUUGGAACUUCAAGUCCGCUAGUUUCCGCAUCGCCCAUCAUUGGCGGAAGCCUCGGAGUUAAAGAUUUCGGGAUCGGCAUUUCUGGUUUCGGAAACGGAGUCAACGGAUCCAGUGGGGGUUACAUCGGCAUCCGCGGAAAGCGCGAAGUUAAAGAAGAAAAUGUCGGCGUGAAUGGUGAAGCAAUGGAUGCAGAUUCACUUGAAGAUGUUCAACUGGAGUUCGAAGCUGCGCGGACCAAUGGAAACGCUUACCUUUACAUGGCUGCGCAGUUUGACGAGCAAUCGUGCGGACAUCGUUUGAUAUGCGAAGUGUAUCAAAAGCCUCGCGAAAGUCUUACGGAAGAUGAAGUUCUUUUGCAAAACAUUUUUGGUUAUCCGCCGUCCCCGAUCAAUGAAGAGGAUAAAGGCACUCCGAAGGAAUUGUAUCACACGGCUGCUCAGUUUGGCUACUCGCAGCAAGGAUGGGCCAGCAAUCAAAUCUGCGCCCGUUCUUAUUCGACUUGCCCUUACAAUGCCCAGCAGUUGAUCCAAAUUUUCGUAUCAGAGGACGUCCCUGCUGAUGAAAUUGAAUCAAACAAUCGACUCGUUGCACAGGCUUCUCAAACUAAUGCCCGUCUGCCUUUCUAUCAUCCUGGACAGCCAACUACCGUUCCAGUCCAACAAUGGAUAUCAAAUGUUCAUCAAAGACAACCUCGUACUAGAAGUAUAUUUUAAUGAAUGAGGAACACACAAGACAAUUCUGGCUUACGUCUAACACAACUUUAUGCAUAUUUACAAAAACUAUCUUUUAAAUUAACUUAAUCAAACAACAUAAGAUGACUAUACAUGCUACGUUCAUAUUCGUGUCUAUGUGAAUGUAACAACUAUAUGCCUAUAUCCUUAAUAGAAAUCAAUCACAAAAUA